GAAAAGUUGCUUAGAUUUAGCCAUGCCAUAACACACUAACACUAUUUGUUUGAGCCACCUCUUUAAAUCUACUAAAAACAUUUAAAUAUGAAAUAAACUUAAUAGGAUUGUUUUGCUACCAAUAUGGAUUCAUGCAACUUAGUUACCACCACAUACAUAUUUUUUUAAUAUUAUCCGUAUGAUGCUUUAUUUUUGCAUCUGUUAUCACCAUUCCUCUACCAUCUUUCCUAAGAAGGUUAGCAAGGUGCAGUUCCUGGAUGUACUUGGCCACUUCUGCAAUCUACUGGCUGCUUGCAGUGUCUGUUUUCUAUACAACACCAUUUAUGAGAGGAAAUAAACAGAUGCUAUUAUAAGCACGGACAAGCAAAAAUGCAACAACUGCAAGCAUAUGUCGCCUGGGUGAAUUCUCAGCUGAAGAAGAAGGUGGGGCUUAAUCCAGUACAGGACCUAAGGCAGGACCUUAGAGAUGGUGUUGUGUUAGCGCACCUUAUAGAAAUUGUAGCUGGGGAAAACUUAAGUGGGAUCCAUCAUCAGCCAAACUGUGUACAGGAGAGAAGAGACAAUGUGGAGAAAGUUCUACAGUUUAUGGCCUCCAAGAAGAUCAGAAUGCACCAAACCACAGCCAAGGAUAUUGUUGAUGGGAAUCUCAAAUCCAUCAUGAGACUUAUUCUUACAUUAGCAGCUCAUUUUAAACCAGUCUCUGGAAGAUUCACAAAUCACAAUGUGAUGGGAGGGACAGGGAAAAACCAGUCGGCUUCCAUGGACAACCACAGACCCCACUCCACUGCUGCAAUGGCUCAGGGUGCAGCUGCUGCUCUUGCAGAUGUGCGGCAGGACGUGUCAAGAUCUGGCCGGGAUAUUUUUCGCUAUAGACAAAGGAACAGCAGUGUUGAAGAAAUUGGAAACCCAUACUGGAGUGUGAGGGCAAUGGUGAAACAGUAUGAAGGGAACUCUUCAUCAGAGACAUCAAGCCUGGCAUCACCAAGUCCAGUACACAGUGUAAAAUCAGAAGUAAAUGAAACUGUGUGUGACGAGAAGGAACUUGCUGUGAUUCAGUCAGAGGAAAGCAUUGCUAAGAGAGAAGAUACUCCUUCUGUGUACCUUACUGACCUUCAGUGUACAAGCCCUGCUAUUUACCCAGAGUCAUCAUGGGAGGACCGUCUCCUCGAGCAACAGGACCAUUUAGAAAGAGAGAUGGAAGAAGCCAAAAAAAUGAUAUCUGGUUUACAGGCACUGCUAUUAAAUGGAUCCCUCCCUGAGGACGAACAACAGAGCUUGUUCACUUUGCAAGAAGAUGGGGCGUGCCCAGAAGAUCAACUGGUCAUAAUCAAAAGUCGUCUGGAUCAAAGUAUGAGCGAAAAUCAGUCACUAAGGAAUGAACUUCUGAACUAUAAACAGGAAAACAGAAAUUUGCAGGGAAUAAAGGAUGCACUGCAGCAGAGAAUGGCUACCCAAGAAAGCGCUGUGCUUCAACUGAAACAGGAGUUACUGAGGGCUAACAUGGACAGGGAUGAACUGCAAAGCCAGAAUGUGGAUUUGCAAAGAAAAAUGGAAGAAAGGAGCCAGUUAGUUGCAGAGUAUAAGAAAGAAUUGACCCAUAAGGAAUGGCUUAUACAACAGUUGCAAGGGAAGCUUGAUGAAUCUCAACGGAAGCUUUCAGAAGCCAACUAUCAAAAGACUGACCUUCAGAAGGAGUUAGAUCACCGGAAGGCUCUUCUUCAGCAGUACAUGAAUGGAGAAGAUGAACAGGUCAGCGACUACAUGAGCCACCCUGCUCAGACCAAUGGCUUUAUACAGUCAGCAGGCAAAGGGCCUUCACGGGAACCUGCCCAACAGAGAACUGCUAACGACUUGCAGUUGGUGCGGGAUGCACUGCGCAGCCUGCGAAACAGUUUUAGCGGCCAUGACCCCCAGCAUCACACAAUAGAUAGUCUGGAACAGGGUAUCUCAAGUCUCAUGGAUAGACUUCAUGCCAUAGAGACUCAGAAGAGGCAGGACAGGAAGGCUCGGGGAAAGAUGCAAGGAAGUAAAGGAAUCAAUGAAUACAGGGAUUCAUGGCCUCCCAAUACCACAAUGCCACAUUCACAGAGCACCCCAGUCAUGGGCAGCAGCAACUCAUCUACCAAAGUGCUGUACUUUACUGACCGCUCUCUGACACCCUUCAUGGUCACUAUACCAAAGAGGUUAGGUGAGGUGACACUGAGGGACUUCAGGGCGGCUAUUGGUCGAGAGGGAAGUCACAGAUACCACUUCAAGGCUUUGGAUCCUGAAUUUGGAACAGUGAAAGAAGAGGUAUUUCAUGAUGAUGAUAUUAUUCCAGGCUGGGAAGGUAAAAUAGUAGCCUGGGUGGAAGAAGAUCACGGGAGUAUCUGAAUGACAUUGAUCAUUUGGGAGUACAAUGAGAAACUCCAUGAUACGGGUCUGGAUAAUUUAUCACACUGCCAAUUGAGGAUUCUGCAGGCACCAAAAAGAAAUGAACUAAGCUGAUACACAGUUCCAGCUGAAGGGAGCUGUAUCCUAACUAGUUGCUGGGGAUGCUUUUAAUGCAUCAGACUGGACAGUAGACAUACGGGAUAGCUGAAAUGACAUUAUUUCUUUAUGUGGUCCUUGCCUUGUGGAUGCCAGCAGCCUUAUAAUGUAUGAAAUAUGUGAUAGAGAGUGUUCAGUAUUUUUUUAUAAAAGAAACAGUGUGCUAAACUUAGUCUUGCAGCUACAGCAGGACAAUAUGUAAAAGAACCCUCAAGGUUAGACAAUCCUUAGUUUAAAUGGAAAAUGCCACAUUUGACCCAAUCUAAGGGUAGGACUAGACAGACUCUUUCAGCGCGAUCCGGCUCUCUGCGACAAAAUGCAUGCGACGGAAAUAAAGUAA